AUAAAAGAAAACAAAUUAUUCUCUGUCAAAGAUAGAUUUUUCCCGAAUCAUUCUUUCCUUCUUCUUGAAUUCUCCUGUCGUUGUAUCCUUUCAAGAAAAAGAGAGAGAGAGAGAGGAAAUAACGUCCGUUUGAAGAUCCAAAUCUCGGCAAUGUCGACGUUCUCGCCAUCGUUGGCCGUCCUCUCUCUGAUUCUUCUGAGCCUCUCUCUGGUUUCAUCGACGGAGAUUAACAAGGGAGGAGAGAUUCGAUUACCUUCCGAGAAGACCAACGGCGAAUUCUGCGGGAAAACGUCUAAACCGGCUUCAUGUCCGGUUAAGUGUUUUAGGGCUGAUCCGGUUUGCGGUGAAGACGGCGUUACGUACUGGUGCGGUUGUGCAGAUGCUCUGUGCCACGGCGUUCGUGUCUCUAAACCUGGAGCUUGUGAUGUUGGUAAUGGCGUUGGGUUGUCUGUUCCUGGACAAGCUCUGCUUUUGAUCCACAUUGUCUGGAUGAUGGCUCUUGGGUUUUCGAUCCUCUUUGGCCUCUUCUGAUUUUUCUUUUUUUUUGUUGGGGAUUAAGAAGAAGAUAGAGAUUGGUAGGUUUUGAGGUUGCAACCACUGAAUCUUUUUGUUGAUAAUCAUUGAUAUAAAAUGUUUGAGUUUUAUUUCCUAAUUGAUGUGCAGAAAAAAAAAUUGAUAUGUAUUGAUAUAUUACAAGAAAACUAUGAGAAAUGAUCAUUAUUUGGUUUGGUCCGUA